GGUCAGUAGGUAAUGUUAUAGGCUCGUGCACUGCGCAGAGGCUGCAGCAGCAACUGCGCGUGAACCAGAAGAGGAAACCUGCAGCAAAACACAAGUGGACAACUUCUUCUGAGAUAUGGCUGUGCCGGUGCCGUUUCUGGUCUUAUGUGCCUGUGUUUUGGGGCUUUACCGUGGUGUGGAAGCAACACCAGACGCCCUGAGCUCUCUGGAUGCUUCUUUCUGUCAAGGUGGACUAGAGGUCGUCUAUCCAGAGCUGGAUGUUGAUGAGUGCCUCGUAAUUUCAAAGGACCUUCGAGAAAAGAUGAGCACAGUUUGGAAUGCACCAAAUGUAUACUUCCCUGGAGCACGAACAAAUCAGAUGUAUGUUCUGCUGAUGGUUGAUCCGGAUGCUCCAAGCCGCGCCCAACCAAAGGCUGCUUACUGGAGGCACUGGCUGGUCGUAGACGUGCAGGGCGAUGCACUCAAGAAAGGGCAGAUACGUGGGACGGCCCUCACUAACUAUCAACGGCCAACCCCGCCACAGACAUCUGGUUUUCACCGCUACCAGUUCAUGCUGUUUGAGCAGCACCCAGACGCACCGGUGUCCCUCACCAAGCAGGAGAAGUCAUCUUCCGAUAUCCUUUGUGACGCUGCAGGAACCAAAAUGUGGCUCCCUGAUGGAGGAAACAGCCACAGCGAAGGCCUGUAAAGCAGCUUUCAACGAGAGCUAAAUGGGAUCUAUGGGCCUUCAUCACAAGGUUUGAUCUGGGAGAGCCUGUUGCCACGGUGCAGUUCCUCACCCAAAACUUCAAAGCCUGAAGGAUGCUCAGAUGCCUG